CAUCUGAGAACCCACUUCCUGAAGAAGUGCAGCCUGGACCUCCUGACUAGACYGUUGUCCGUGGAGGAGAGGGCGAGAAGGGCGGAGGGGAUUCGCAUGGGGAAGGCCCUCGCAGAGCUCAUUGACAGGGGGGAGAAGAGUUCUACGCCGACGAGCAACCUGCCAUCUGCCAGCAGUCUAGUCACCGGAGCGAUGGGUGCAUGUAGUGGAGCGGCUGAUGCUGGCAGUGUACCAUUGCGGGUGGCGACUUUUGGGGAGUGCGGCCGUGCAGCGCCCCAAACAGGUCGACCAAUGAGGCAGACGCUUAUCGAGGAUGCGGACAGCAUCAUUACUCGUAAUGAACACACGAGCCUCUUCCUCGAUAACUUCCUGUUCUGCAUGAACCAACCCUUCAAUCUCGUUGACAACGAGUACUUCCUCGAGUUCAUCGACGCUGUCAAGAAGGCACAUCCAUCAUGGCUGCCAUACCACAGGGAUGACGCACGGACGAGGAGGCUGGACAGCACGUUUGGAAGGACGAGAGCAGACGUGACCGCCAUGACCAUGAAGUGGCAGGUCAAGGGCUGCAUGCUUCAGAUGGACGGUUGGUCUGAUAGACGCAACCGCCCCCAUCUGAAUGUGAUGGUGUCGUCCCCGAUCGGGACUGUCUUUUGGAAAUCAGUGUGCAUGGAGGGGAAAGACAAAGACUCGGCGGCGUAUUUCAAGAUCCUUGAUGGAGUGAUCAAGGAGAUCGGGUCAAACGCAGUGGUUGGCGUUGUCAUGGACAACGCAAGAGUGUGUGUGAAGGCGGGUAAGAUGGUGGAGGCCGCUUACCCUCAGAUUUUUCGUGUCGGCUGCACAGCGCAUGCCCUCGAUUUAGCACUCGAGGACAUGUACAAGCAGCUCGGUUGGCUGGCCGUGGUCGUCGACGCCGGCAAUGUAGUCGGCAAAUUCUUCACGAACGUGGACAAGGCGAGGGCUAUGUUCGACAAAUUCUCGCCGAAUUUGAAGUUGAAGCGUCCGGCGGUCACGCGAUUUGCCACGAGUCACGACAGGCUGGCUUCGUUGAAGAGAGGGAGGAAUGCACUCGAGAAGUGCGUCUGCGACACAGCGUGGGUGGACAAGAUGGUGAGGGCGGAUCAGCUCGCCGCUUUCUGUGAGGUCACCUCCAUUGUGCUGGGAAGGGACGGGUUUUGGGACAAGGUGGAGAAGGCCCUCGCAGUGAUGUCUCCUGUUGUGGAGCUGUUGCGCCUGGUGCAACAAUGUCGAAGACGGCGCAUGAAGCUCAUGCCGGAGAGACUGUCAAAACUGGUGUUCAACAACUGGAACACCCAAUUGAUCCGGAGUUACAUCCGCGGCGGUAAGGAGGAGGUCCACAUCCCUUGGGAGGAUGACCCACCGGUGCAGGCGAAAGUUGAGGAGUGGUACAACACGUGGGUGGCGACGGCGGUGUCCAAUGACAAUGACGCAGCAGACACGCUCGAUGACGCGGAGGUGGGAGAGGAGGAUGGGGACGAGCCACUCAUGCGAACUUGGCUGCGAAAUGGCGAGUGGGAUGACCAAGAGUGUGAGACGGAGGACAUAGCCCUCGUGGGCUCGAGGGAAAAGGACUGGCACGAGUGCACAAAACCCGGCCGCUACAGGGAACGCGAGCUGCGGAGGAAAUCAGGCAAUUCGCAGCCCUUACCGUCGUUGUUGUACACGGAAGAGGAACGGGCGCAGUUGUUGAAGGCACGGGCUGCCGGAACAUGGUUGCACGGUGCAGGGGAAGCGUCCGGCAACAGAAAACAUGGAAAAAAGAGAGCGCAACGCGAGGAAGUGGAGGAGGUGGUUCCGGUGGCAAAGGGGAGACGUGCGGACGGAGAGCCGAAACGCAAGAGGGGCCGACCCUCAAACGCGGAGAUGGCAGAAAGAAAAGCCCAGAAAGCGGAAGCAAUCGCUGCAAAGGCAGCUGCAGCAGCAGCAGCAGUGAGAAGUGCGGCAGCCAGAAAAGGAAGGAAGAAAAAGGCGCGGAGCAAUGUCAUCGACGAUGACGAAAGCGGCCAUGAUGCGGCGGCAGCAGAUGACAAUGAGGCAGCAGCAGCAAGCGACGAGGCGGCAGCAGCACCGUCGUCAGCAUCCUCAUCUUCCUCGUCGGACGAUGAGGAUGCAAGUGGGAGUGGGGCGGAGUCCAUGGAACACGGCGAAGGAGACGGGGACGGCACGGGUGAUAGUUCAGAGGGUAGCGAGGGGCAAUCCGGGGAGGAAGAGGAAGGAGACGGCAGGGAGGAGUAGGAGAGAGCAUCAGAGCUCACUCCUGCAAACUUUGAAAGU